GUCAUGCCCUUCGGCAACUUUCUCACAUACGCUGCGGCACGCAAAAGCGCCCGAAAUCGGAAACUUAUUCAGUGACAUCGUCGUCUGCCAUUUAUAAAGUGUUCUGCCUUUUCUGUCGCCUUAACACGACUUCAAAAUGCUGCGAAAUCUUGUCAGGCUUCCAAUUCGUCGGGCUUUGCAUACCGCGAGCUCGCGUCCACGACCUCUGCCGAGAACAGGACGUGUCGGAUUAGUUCUGGGUGCUUCAGUUGCUACUGCAGCGUACUUGACGUGGCAAAGCAAAUCAGUUGCAUUGGAUGCCGUGGAGCCGUCAGCGAAGAAGCCUCUAAAUCCAAAGGUGGCAGUUUCUCCAGAAACCCUGUCCUCUUCAGACCCUGUGGCUAUUCACCACGAACCCUCUCUUCAUAAAGAAGAACCACACGCGUCUUCAUCGACCUCUGCAGAACCUGCCACGUCUCCCAAGCCUUCAGAAGAAGCUGAAGACGAACAUGACGGUGCAAGUGGAGGUGCAUUCAAUCCUGAGACUGGCGAGAUCAACUGGGACUGCCCAUGUCUUGGGGGAAUGGCCCAUGGACCUUGUGGGAUGCAAUUCCGGGAGGCAUUCUCAUGUUUCGUCUUCUCAGAACAAGAGCCCAAGGGUGUUGACUGUAUAGAAAAGUUCAAGGCAAUGCAGAUGUGCUUCAGAGAGCACCCAGAUGUAUAUGGUGAAGACAUCAUGGAUGAUGAUGAUGAUGAAGAGCCCUUACCAAUGCCGGCGGUUGACAGCGCCUCACCUGGAACAGUCCAAGAAGUACCUCUGCAUUCGGACCCACAGUCUGCUCCUUCUCAGAGCAGUUCUCCUGCCGAGGAGACUACUGUCGCAUAGCAGUAGUAAUCUAGACAAAAGUACUCGAGAUAGUAUUGUUAUGUCAGUCAUCUUACUAUCACCACUUCUAAUAGAACUUGCGACGAUAUCACGCUAUAGUAUUGAACUUCGCUAACCUGCUCGGAACUCAAACUCUUCAUGCAUUCAUCCUGUCUUCCCUUCCUGCAUAUUGAUCAUUCAGGACAGGUACGACCCCCAACCGUGAGAGAAAUGGGUCAAAAUAUGAAAAAAGGGAGUUCAAGAGC